AUGUUUUCUGAGACAGAAGAGGAACAUCAGAAACACGUUCACAAGGUGCUUGCAGUACUUGAGAAAGCAGGAUUGUCCAUCAACCCCAAGAAAAACGAGUUUCACGUUACCCAGGUAGAUUUCCUGGGAUACCGCAUUUCCCCUGGGCAGAUCCGCAUGGAUCCCACCAAAAUCAAGGACGUCGCCGAAUGUCCAGCACCAACAACAGUGUCAGGAGUCCGAGGAUUCUUGGGAUUUGUCAACUUUUACCGACGUUUCAUCAAGGGUUUUGGAGGCAUCGCUAAGCCACCCAACGACUUGACCAAGAAGGACACCGACUUCAUAUGGUCAAAGGAAUGCGACAACGCUUUCCAAACCUUGAAGCAAAUGAUUCUGGACGACCCCAUCCUUGUUCUUCCUGACCCAGACAAGGAAUUUGAGGUCGAAACAGAUGCAUCCGACUGGGCAAUAGGUGGUCAACUCGGCCAGCGAGACGAGCAGGGUCGACUCCACCCCGUUACAUUCUACUCAAAGGCAUUCCGAGGACCUGAGCUCAACUACCCCACACACGACAAGGAGCUCAUGUCCAUCAUCUGGGCAUUCAAGGAGUGGAAGCCAUGGUUGAGCGGCACGAAAUACGAAGUCAAGGUCUCCUCUGAUCACAAGAACUUGACAUUUAAAUUAUCCAUCCGUACUUCGUUGAGCUAUUGCUCAGGCCUUUGUUUUUCAGAUUGUGUUUUCUCUCCUGGUGUCUCUGUCCGUGGUGAAGAUGUGUCUGAUGUCCUCAUUUUGCCCAAAUAUAUCUUCCCGAUGUUCGCGAGAUGGGACAGUAUUAUCUGUUGCAACUCGAAUUGA